UUGGUCUCUAUGAAACCACCAUAGGUUCAUCUGUUCGUAUUUUAUCUUCAUCCUUUCUCUUUGUUUGCUCAAACUCCAAAUUUUCAAUAAGAUGUUUAAGGUGUCGAAAUCACAUCCGACAUGUAUUGGGAUCGAUCCGAAAAAUUACAUGGUGACCUGUGUUCUUUACAUAGUUGCAAUUACUCUAAUUGGAAGAUUCAUUUCGCAUCGACUACAGGAUGAUGGAAAGCGAUUCAGGAGUAGAUACGAAGACAAAGCUAUUAUAUGCGUCUUACCUUUCUAUUUGCUGCUCCAGUUGGUCAUUUGUGAAUAUACACUCCUUAUGGAACUGAGAUGGCAAAGCGAGAAACCAAUCAAUGGUGUCAAAGGUAUAUAUUGGAUUUUACUUCUUAACUUGGGAAUAUAUGUAGUGGAUUAUGUGUUUGAGCCGAGGAUGUUUAGAGCACUAAUUUUGGACCACCGUCAGCCUGCUUGGUACCAGUUUGUGACUGCAGCAUUUUGUCAUUCUAGCGGGGAUCAUCUCUUCAGCAACCUAUUUUACAUGUACGUUUAUGGGAGUCUUGUUGAAGGGGAGGUCGGAAACUUUGCACUAUGGGUUUAUUACAUUCUGACUGGGUUUGUGGGCUUCGUUGUAUCAUGGUUAAUUCUCCCUAGAAAUACAGUCUCUGUUGGAGCCUCUGAUGCUGUAUACGGCCUCGCUGCUAUUUGUCUUUUUGUCAAGAUGCAUUCUGAAUGGACGCAUAUGCUUUUAGUGCUCAUACUGACUUACGAGUUCGUAUCAAGGAUGAGAGAAGAACUACGGGGUGCAGCUGCAGUGUUGGAUGCAAUCAAGAAAGGUGAUGAACAGGCUCCUGUCAUCAGUCACAUUUCUCAUGUCGCAGGUGCUUUAACAGGUGUCGGUUUGGCAUGCCUCCGUGCCAUGGUUCCUGUAUUCGUUCUGAAUGUUUCGAUCGAGAUGCAGAUACGUUACAUAUCAACCUACCGAUCAGGAUUGGUCAUAGGUGGACAGUUAAACUGAUAGAAUAAGUGUAGGUAACCGAGUCUGACAAUUUGGUAUGACAAACAAAUGUGUGUAAAAGGAUAGCAGAUCAAUCGCACUUACUUGUUACCGCUGCUGCUAGUACUGCUACUACUACGAGCAGAGUGCAGGAGCGUUGCACAUCAUCAAAGAAAGUUCUCGUGGGAGGAGAACUUUUUAUAAAUUAUUUAGUUUAAUGUUUGAUGUUUAUACAUACUAUAUCAAACUUAACUAGUUCAGCUUCUAAACACAUUUUCAUAUA